AUGGCCGCGGCGGCGGCGGCGCAGCGGCGGGGCCGCCCCGGGCCCCCGCUCGCCCUCGCCCUGGGGCUCCUCGCCGCCGCCGCGCAGGUUUGUGGAAACCAAAACCAAGGAGCUGUUUUUCUACGUGAAUUUACAUUGAUUCGGAGAGAAAGUCUUCAUGAUGAUUUCCUAUCUGAUUUGCUGAAUAACCACAAAACAGAAGACCCGAGCUCCAGAACAGCUCGCUCUGAGGAAGACCGAGACUCACUAUGGGAUGCCUGGGGUUCAUGGAGUGAAUGUUCACGCACUUGUGGUGGAGGCGCUUCAUAUUCAUUGAGACGCUGCCUGAGCAGCAAGACCUGUGAAGGGCGAAACAUCCGAUACAGGACAUGCAGCAAUGUGGACUGCCCUCCAGAAGCAGGUGAUUUUCGUGCCCAGCAGUGCUCUGCUCAUAAUGACGUCAAGUACCAGGGACAGUUUUAUGAAUGGCUUCCUAUCUCUAAUGAUCCUGACAAUCCGUGUUCGUUAAAGUGCCAGGCCAAAGGAACGACUCUUGUUGUAGAAUUGGCGCCUAAGGUUCUAGAUGGCACCCGAUGUUACACUGAAUCACUGGAUAUGUGCAUCAGUGGCUUGUGUCAAAUUGUUGGCUGUGACCGCCAGCUGGGAAGCACUGUCAAGGAAGAUAACUGUGGGGUCUGCAAUGGCGAUGGGUCCACCUGCCGGCUUGUUCGAGGCCAGUAUAAGUCCCAACUUUCAGCAAGUAAAUUGGAUGAUACAGUGGUUGCUAUUCCAUAUGGAAGCAGACAUGUUCGUCUUGUGCUCAAAGGACCCGAUCAUUUAUAUUUGGAAACCAAGACUCUGCAAGGUGUGAAGGCUGAAAACAACCUCAGCUCCACAGGCUCCUUCCUCAUGGACAAUUCAAGCAUUGACUUCCAGAAGUUUCCUGACAAGGAGAUACUGAGAAUAUCUGGGCCUCUCACUGCAGAUUUCACUGUCAAGAUCCGUUAUGCUGGUGCAACCGACAGUUCAGUUCAGUUUAUCUUCUAUCAGCCAAUCAUUCACCGAUGGAGAGAAACUGAUUUUUUCCCUUGUUCAGCAUCCUGUGGAGGAGGUUAUCAACUGACAUCUGCUGAAUGUUUUGAUCUGAGAAACAACCGGGUAGUAGCUGAUCAGUACUGUCACUAUUAUCCUGAAAAUAUCAAGCCAAAGCCAAAACUUCAGGAGUGUAAUCUGGAUCCUUGUCCUGCAAGUGAUGGAUACAAGCAGAUCAUGCCCUAUGACCUCUACCAUCCCCUUCCUCGAUGGGAAAGCACACCCUGGACUGCCUGUUCAUCAUCCUGUGGAGGGGGUAUUCAAAGCCGCAGUGUCUCAUGUGUGGAGGAAGACAUUCAAGGGCAUAUCAGCCCUGUGGAAGAGUGGAAGUGCAUGUACACUCUAAAGAUGCCUGUUAUCCAGCCUUGCAAUGUAUUUGACUGCCCAAACUGGCUUGCUCAGGAAUGGUCUCCGUGCACUGUGACCUGUGGGCAGGGACUCAGAUACCGUGUGGUUCUUUGCAUUGAUCACAGAGGAAUGCAUACAGGAGGCUGUAGCCCUAAAACAAAGCCACACAUAAAAGAAGAAUGCAUCAUACCCACUCCUUGCUACAAACCCAAAGAGAAACUUCCUGUGGAAGCAAAGUUGCCAUGGUAUAAGCAGGCUCAAGAGCUGGAAGAAGGAGCAGUGGUGUCUGAAGAACCAUCGUUUAUUCCUGAGGCUUGGUCUGCCUGUAGUGUAACCUGUGGAGUAGGCAGUCAGAUACGGCUUGUAAAGUGCCAGGUGCUCCUGUCUUUCUCUCAGUCUGUGGCUGACUUGCCCAUUGAUGAAUGUGAAGGCCCCAAACCCGUGUCUCAGCGAGCCUGCUACAGUGGUCCCUGCAGUGGGGAGGCAACUGAGCACAACCCAGAGGAAACUGACCUGCUGUAUGGCAGCUUGCAGGAAUUUGAUGAGCUCUAUGAUUGGGAAUAUGAGGGGUUUACACAGUGUUCAGAGUCCUGUGGAGGAGGUGUCCAGGAGGCUGUGGUCACCUGCCUGAACAAACAAACCAGAGAGAUUGCGGACGAGAUGCUGUGUAUAUCCAGUCGCCGUCCUCCACAGCUAUUGAAAGCCUGUAACCUGGAGCCCUGCCCCCCAAGAUGGGAGAUUGGGAAGUGGAGCACCUGUAGUCUUACAUGUGGUGUUGGAUUGCAGACAAGAGACGUCUUCUGUUCUCACUUACUAUCAAGAGAAACUAAUGAGACUGUGAUUUUGGCAGAUGAAUUGUGCUAUAAACCUAAGCCAUCCCUUGUACAAGCUUGCAAUCGCUUUGAUUGUCCACCUUCCUGGUACCCUGCAGAAUGGCAAGAGUGUUCACAGACAUGUGGAAGUGGUAUCCAGAAACGAGGUAUGCUUUGCAAGCAGCGUCUGGCAGACGGAAGCUUUUUAGAGCUUCCAGAGACCUUCUGCUCUGCUCCAAGGCCAGUUUCCCAGCAAGCCUGCAAAACUGAGGAUUGUCCCAAUGAAUGGCUUCUGUCUGACUGGACACAGUGUUCAGUGAGUUGUGGAGAGGGUACCCAGACUCGAAAUGCCAUUUGCAGAAAGAUGCUGAAAACUGGUGGUUCAGUCAUCAUCAAUUCCUCCCUGUGCCCGCCUUUGCCGUUCUCAUCCUUGGUCAGACCCUGUGCCCUAUCCACUUGUGCAAGGCACAACAGGCCAGCUCAUAAGCAAAGCCCCCAUAUCAUGGCUGUAAAGAAAGUUUACAUCCAGACGAGAAAGCAGAAGAAGCUACACUUUGUUGUGGGUGGGUAUGCCUACCUGUUGCCUAAAACCUCCGUUAUUCUCCGAUGCCCUGCAAGGAGGUUCCGGAAAUCAAUGAUUACUUGGGAGAAGGAUGACAAAAGACUAAUCAGCUCAGCGCACAUCACCAUUGCACCCUAUGGUUAUAUGAAAAUUCAUCGUCUGAAGCCUUCAGAUACUGGGACAUACACCUGCACAGCAGGGCAAGCCCGAGAGUAUUUUGUAAUUAAACUAAUUGGAAGCAACAAGAAGCUCAUUGCUGGGCAAUCAGCUGGCAUUAAGGAGGAAGAAGCUAUGAAAAAGGCCAAUCUAAAUGAAGCCUUACGAUCUCAGGAGAAACAUCUCAAUGGGAUUAUCUUCAAUGGGAGCAAGGCUGAAAAACGAGGACAUCUUGCUGACCUCAGCAGCUGGUAUGAUGACAUUGUCUCAAGGCUGCUACAGCACAGGGGCUGGCCUGGUGAAAAUCGGGAGUCCUGGGAAGGCCAGGAAUCUACAGAGAAAAAUGCAUCCUCAGAAGAGGACCGGAGUCACGAGUAUAGCCUCCCAUUCACUAUGGUCACUGAGCAGAAACGCUUGGAUGAUAUCAUAAGGAAUUUGUCUCAGCAGCCUGAGGAGCUUAAAGAUGUCUACACUGAGCAGCUUGUUGUACAGCUGGCUCGUGAAGUUUUCAAGAGCCAGUUGGAGUAUCAGGAAUCAGUCAAAGCACCAAGGCAAAGACUCGAUUCUACCUCAGUGGAGUACCCUUUCCGCAAGCACGUUUCUGGCUUUGCCAGCUCGCUGAGGACUUCAUCUGCUGAAGCACUUCUUCCCACCUCUGUGGGCUCACGCAGACCUGCUCGAAAGCCUGCCAUCCUCCGAAAAAUUUCAGCAGCACAACAGCUCUCUGCUUCAGAGGUUGUCACCCACCUAGGACAAACAGUGGUCCUAGCCAGUGGCACAUUGAGUGUACUGCUCCACUGCGAAGCAGUGGGAAACCCUAAGCCCACCAUCAGCUGGACAAAGAAUGGAGAGGAGGUGAAAUACAAUGAUAGGGUGCUACUUCAGCCAGAUGACUCCUUGCAGAUUCUAGCACCUGUGGAAGCUGAUGUGGGUUUCUAUGCUUGCAACGCAUCCAAUGCCCUGGGAUCUGACUCUGUCUCCAUUGCUGUGACUCUAGCAGGAAAACCACUGAUAAAGGCAUCAAGAGCUACUGUGAUCAACACUGAAUUGCCUGCUGUCACUGUUGAUAUUGGAAGCACAGUGAAAACAAUCAAGAGAGCAAACGUUACCAUUAGCUGCCAGGUUGCAGGUGUUCCUGAAGCAGAAGUUACUUGGUUUAAGAGUAAAGUCAAGCUGUACUCUGCUCACCACUUGCAUGAUGGGUCACUGCUGAUUGCAAAUGUGUCUCAGUCAGACCAGGGCUUGUAUUCCUGCAAGGCAACCAAUCUUCUUGGGGAGGUAACUGAAAGCACUCAGCUGCUGGUUCUUGAACCUCCACAACCCCUUCCUCACCUAGAAGAUUUGACCACAGUGCUCUCAGCUGCUGAGACCACCAUUCCUUCAGUGCUAACCUCUCCUUUGGGAACAAAAAUGACCAUCAGUCCUGGGAGCUCUGUCCUUAUAGGUUGUGCUGUGGAAGGUCAUCCAACUCCAAACAUCACCUGGUUUUUUGCUGGUGAGCCUCUCAAUCUGAAGCACCACAUCCUGGCAGCAGGUCGCAUUCUUCAGAUACUCAACAUUAGUGAUGCCUUGGAAGGUGAAUUCAGCUGCCUUGCUGAGAAUGAGGCUGGCUCACUCACACAGAAAGCAUCCCUAGCAAUACAAGAAUACCGAUGGUCAGUGGACAAGCUGAUGGCUUGUUCGGCUUCCUGCGGCCACAAAGGGGUGCAACUGCCCCAGCUGAGGUGCUUACUGGAUGGAACUGAAGUCAACGCAUCCCACUGCAAAGAGAAGCCCAAGCCAGCCCUGCAGCCUAUCCCUUGUAACAGGAGAGACUGCCCUUCACGAUGGAUGGUAACAUCAUGGUCUUCUUGCACACGGAGUUGUGGUGGAGGCAUCCAGACUCGGCGAGUGACGUGUCAGCGACUGACAGCUAAAGGCCAUUCUGUCCCAAUGUCAAAUGACAUUUGUGCCCAGGGAUCCAAACACCCUAUGGAUACUCAAAACUGUAACAUGCAGCCCUGUGUUGAGUGGGUGGCCUCCUCUUGGGGUCAGUGUAAUGGGCCUUGCGUUGGACCUCGACUGGCUGUACAACACAGACAGAUAUUUUGCCAGAUCAAAGAUGGGACUUCAGUGUCCUCUGAUCACUGCAGUGCCUUGCCAAGGCCUUUAAGUACACAGAAUUGCUGGACUGAAGCAUGUGGUGUGCACUGGCGGGUCAGCCUGUGGACAGUGUGUACGGCUACAUGUGGGAAUUACGGCUUCCAGUCCCGGCGCGUGGAAUGCGUGCAUAUUCACACCAACAAACCUGUGCUGGAGCAUUACUGUUCCUGGAGACCACGACCUGCAAACUGGCAACGCUGCAACAUCACACCCUGUGAAAACAUGGAGUGCAGGGACACCACAAGAUAUUGCGAGAAAGUGAAGCAGCUCAAACUCUGCCAGCUCACCCAGUUCAAAUCCCGUUGCUGUGGGACUUGCGGAAAAGCUUGAAGACAGAAGCAAAGGAAAUGAGGGAAGAAGGGAAUCACAGCCUUUGAUUCACUAUGGAAAGAAUUCUUACAAGAAAAUACAAAUGGGAUGGAAUUCAUUUUUUUCAUUUUAUUUAUUUAUUUCCCUUAAAAAAAAAGAAAAGAAAAAAGAAACAUUUUACAAAAUCAUUGUUAUAAAGGGACUUGAAAAGUUUUCCCAUCUAUAGAUCUGGAGACAGUAUGUGGCAAAAUACAAUCAUGGCAUAGACCAGACAGAGCAGAUGGGUCAUGUGCCACCAGCAGGCUGGGUCAGAGAAAAGUGGAGAUGUCUCAGAAAUCAUGUACACAUCUGGAGAUGGCUGGGAAAGCAGAUCUAAGCCAAAAGCUAGCAUCACAUCAGACUACUGCAAUGUGAAUCAAAGAAUCAAACAGCUAGACAGAUCAUAGGGUACUGGAGAAAAAAAGACUGAAGUAAACGUUCAGCUGUGCAGUGUGCAAAUACUUCAUUUAUCAUAGAGUAGUUUGGGGAUAUAAGAGUAUGAUUUUGCUUUAUAAAUCUACUUGUUGCAUUUAAGUUUGAGUUCUUUUUUUUUUUUUUUUUUUCUUUCAAUACCUUUCUCUCCCCCUCAUCCCUGGUCUUCAUAUGAUUUCAGUGGGUAACCCUCUAAGUAUCUUUGAGGACUUGGCAUCUGGUAUUUGAGGAAGUUGAACACUACUUUAUAAUGCAAAUAAGUCUAAAAUCUAUCUGAGAAGGUUCACUGGGGGGCUGGACUUGGCGGGGUGGAAGGGCUGUGGAGGGUAACUUCCAGCAUAGAAGAGAGGUGAUGACACAAAGUAUUAUUCAAGAGAAGAGGAAGAAUUACCUGCUAUGACAGGCUGUAAUGCAAACCUGCAAAUGCUGUCCUGUAUGCAGCACAGGCAGGGAAACUAGUAUAUUUUUGUGGUAACAUAAGCUGCUUAGCAUAGUGCAUUGGACUAAUACUUGUUUGGAGUAGAGAGCAGUACCAGUUGCUAGAACUGAGGUGCUUUUAGACCUAGGGCUUAAUAAGGAAUUUUAGGAAGUAUAUGUUCCUGUCCUGCUAAUAUGGAAUUUCCCUCUUAUGACAGCCAAGCCUCUCAGUCAAGUAGUGAAAAACAACUGGUUUAUGUUUUGUUUUGGCUGUUCCUACUAGGCAGAGACAGAGUGAUUCACUGUCAAUACCAGAGGACUGCUGCCAGUGGAUUUUAAGAAAUUCGCAGUUCUCUGUCUGUCUCCCACAACAAAAUGUGUGCUCUAAUUUUUAAGCCCAUAUAUAACACCCAACACAGGUGAUCUAAAACGUGAGACUCGAACAUUACUUCCACAAGAUGGCUUUGCAAGCUGAGUGUGAGUCUUCACCCCAGCCAGCUUAAUUCUUUUAGUUCCUCGGCACUCCCUUCUCAGAGGAAGUUAUCCUAUUUCAGCACAGGACCUUAAAAUUAGAAGAAAUUUACAAGAUUGGGGCUUGAACAUCAUGAAACUUUAAAGGAGAGCUCUUUGAAUCUGGGGUUUGUGUUCUAGACAGUCUCUAAAUUAAAGGCUUGUCUAUGCUUCUUCUGUCACUCCCAGCAGAGCUCGUCUCCUGUGUUACGUUAGUAAAACGAUGUUGAAGCAUUGCUGUGUUACAGCUUCCAUGAUGUGGCUUUCUCAGCAAACCUGAAAGUCCUCUUUUGAUGUCAGUGUCAAGUUAAUGAGGUUAAACUGCCUCUAACUGGGCUAUUCCAAAACACAUCCGGCAAUGAUAACUCUUUACUACAAAUGGGUCUUCCAAAAAUAGUGUUGCUAAGUAUCAAUGUAACAUUUUAUUUAAAAAAAAAAAAAGAAUGUCUUUCUAUGUAUGUAAAUGUAUAUCUUUUGUGUAUAUUUAUUAGGAUUUCUUGUAUAAAAAGUGCAAUAUUAAUAAGUGUGUAUGCUGUCCGGAUAAAACUAUCUGGGGGGGAGGUUAAUCUCCCCAGAGUUUUGUUCCUCUAAAUCGAUGGUAAUAGUGUAUUUCUCUUAUUUUUAAUAGCACUUGCAUUUAACUGGGGAUAUGCUUCACUGUGUACAGAUUGCUUUGUAAACGAUGACAUGAGGGAGGGAUGGAUGGUGUUUUUAACUUGUGAAAUGAUAGUUAUGCAUGGAAUGAAGGAUAAAUUUGUUAAUAAUGUGGUGGAUGUUUCUAGUACAGCAGUUAACAAAAGGAGUAUGGGGAAAUAUUUACAUUUGUUUAAUAGCAAAACAUAAUCAGAUGAUCACACAUUGAAUUAUUAGCUGUUUAACUGUGCCUUGGAUAAACAUGAAGUACCAGAUCCAGAGAGGCAACUGUGUAGCCUUUGCACAGUAUGAAUGUAAUUUCAUGUGUUUGUCCUGUGAUUUGUGACUUGGUAGUAUCUCAGAAAGAUAAGAAUUACUGAAUAUUAUACAGAAGGAGGCUUUCCUUCCCUAAAAAAACAAACCAACAACUGUAUUUAUAUAGUUUUUGUACAGAUAAUGCAGCUUAUUUAUUUAACUACUGCUGUCUGAUGUGUACUUUAUUAAUCUUAAAAACAAAAUUCAAAUGAAGUUUGUGGUAUUCUCUAACCUUACUGCGUAUUACAAUAGCUGCAGACUUCUGUUAUACAAAGUCCCCAAGGCGGGUUCAACUCUCUUAUUUUUAUUAUUUUUUUUUUAAGUCUCCAGUCAUGAAGAUUCUGCACCCUGUCUUGGAGAUCUGUUUUAAUACUUCAUUAGCUUUCCUUUAUUCUUUUUUUAUUUGUUAAUAUUUAGGCUAUGUUGCUCUUUUAGAAAUAUAAAGCCAUCACAGCUGGUCCUAGCCCCAUGGGGCUCAAUAAAAGUAUAUUCCUUUCUUCCACAUAGAAAA